AUGUCAUCAACAUCAUCAACAAUUGCUAAAACAAGAUCAGAGUUGUUCCAAACUCGUCUUGGUUCUGCUCUUAGAACAACCUUAGCAUGCAGCAUAGUUGGUGUCACAGCCUUAUAUAGCUCUGAACAUGUAAAGGGUUACAUUAAAUUUCCAUCUAUUUCUUAUGUGACAACAAUUCUCAUAGUGUCUGAUGCAACACUUGGUGAAACGGUUAAAGGUUGUUGGCAUGUUCUAUGUGCAACCAUUCAGGUUAUGAUAUUUUCUCUACUUAGUAUGCAAGUUAUUAGACCUGGUCACUUCGGGGACUGCAUGGCUGCGCUGGCUGUGGCGGUCGGGGCGUUUGUGGUGGCGUUACCGGUGUCGACGAACUUGUUGACUAAAAGAAUUGCUUAUGGACAGCUUGUGAUUAUUUAUGUGAGUACGGUUAUACAUGGUGCGGAAGAAGGUGUGGCUACACAUUCAAUUCAUGUGGCUUGUUCUACUGCACUUGGUGCUAUAGCUUCUGUUCUGGCCAUGUUGCUACCUUAUCCUAGGGUUGCUUACUAUGAGGCAAAGAAGUUCUACCAAUUAUACACUGAGAAUACGUCGGAGAGAUUAAACUGCAAUAUCGAGGCUAUCUCGGCCUCAGACAACUCAACUGCUGUUGGUUUUAAAAUUCAAGCCAAGUACCUCUCCGCAACAGGAGCCAAGCUUAUCCAUUGUAUCAGAACUACACUGGAUGGCAUGUAUUGGGAUCGACCUCAAACGAUAAUUUCCAACUCUCGUAUUGACCUGGAAGAGAAACUGCAAGACUCGGAUAUACCGAUAAGAGGGAUGGACAUUGCUCUAUCGAGCGGCAUGUCUUUUCCUGUUGGUGUUAUAGAUGAAGAGCUCAGAGGUGUUCUGCUCGAUUGCAGAGAACAAAUCAGCCAAAAAUUAGAUCAGCAAGCUAAGUGCUUUGUUCCUUUUGAUGCAACCACAGUUCAAGAAAUGAAACAGGGCAUUUUCAACAAAUUCCUAUCCAUAGCCUACAAAGAUCUUCCAACCUCGUUCUUUUUAUACUGUGUGCAACUUCUCGUAGAUGACGUGUCUAUUUCGAAGAAAACCGACCAUGCGAUGAAGAAAGCUCAGAAGAGUCGUGAUUGCCAAUGGUGCUUCAACAAGAUCAGUGAGCUUUUAAAGAACUUGAUUCCCAGCAACAAAGGCUUGAUCUUUGCAUUCAAGUCCUCUCUGUCAUUAGGCCUUGCUGUGUUACUUGGUUUGCUAUAUGACAGGAAUAAUGCAUAUUGGGCAGGGCUCACAAUUGCAAUCAGUUUCGUGACUGAACGACAACCGACAUUCUUAGUUGCAAAUUCACGACUACAAGGAACAGCUAUAGGGUCAGCCUACGGGAUCAUAUGUAGCUUCAUUUUCCAAAAAUAUGUAGGAAUUGUGGAUUUAAGGUUCUUAGCUCUUAUACCAUGGGUCAUUUUCACUUCUUUUCUAAGGCAUAGUAGAAUGUAUGGCCAAUCUGGGGCAAUUUCGGCAGUUUUAGGGGCCUUGUUGAUCCUUGGUAGGAAGAACUAUAGUACUCCGACUGAAUUUGGAGUUGCUAGAAUGGCCGAGGCUACAAUAGGACUCACUUGCUUUAUCGUCGUAGAGAUCAUAUUAAGUCCCUCAAGAGCUGCAACUCUAGCAAAAUCAGAACUUUCUCAAACCUUGAGAACACUUCAGGACUGCAUUAAGCAGAUUGCCGUGAUUACCCCUAGCGAAAGAGAGAUUCCAUCUUCAAGUUACCAAGCCUUGAGAGAAGAGCAGAAGAAGCUUAAAUCUCUUGUGCGUCAAUUAGGAGAAUUUACAGAAGAAGCUAAGUUGGAGCCAAGUUUCUGGUUCCUACCUUUUCAUAAUGCCUGCUACAACAAUAUGCUGAAAUCUCUAUCAAGGAUGGUGGAUCUCUUGCUUUUUGUGGCGUACUCAAUGGAGCAUGUCACACAAUUGGCACAGAAAGAUGGAGUAAUUUGGAUGGACAUCCAAGGUCGAGGGAAUGAGAAUGUGAAGAGUUUUAAAGACAGAGUUGACCCCAUAUUGAAAAGCCUGGAAGAGACAACAAGAAUGAAGUCUAUUAAGAAAACUGAAAGUGAUUUGAAGAGCCAAAACAUUCCUCACGAUCUCGAGUCACAAGAAUAUCUCAAUGCAGACGCAUUAAGGAUCUUGAGCAUAGAUGAAGAGGUUGGUAGCAUUACAAACUCUUUCCUCCAACAUCUAGAGGAAAUUGCUGACAAAACUCAUACCAACAAAGACGAGGAGACGCUUAAAGUUCAGAUGCUUUUUCAUUACAGCUGCUUGGGAUUCUGCACAAGUAGCUUGAUGAGAGAAAUAGUGAAGAUUGAGAGUGAAAUAAGAGAGCUAUGUAUAUGGGAGAACCCAUCGAGUGAAACAAACUUCAAAUAG